AUGCGCCUUCCUUUCAUUUGCUCAGUUUUGGCCUUGAGCUUGCAUGCCUCUGCCUGGACCCACCCAGGUCUGCUGGUCACAGACUCGGACAUCGCCCGCGUCCAAGCCAAACUCGCGGCGCAGAAAGAGCCCUGGGUAAGCUCCUGGGCAUACUUCGAAUCCCUCUCCUUCUCCAGCAGCUCCUACUCGCCGAAUGCCGUGUCCGACAUCGAUCGGUCCACAAAUGGCGACGUCCUCUGGCACGAUGCUGCGGCUGCCUUCAACCUGGCUCUACGCUGGCGCGUGACUCGGGAAGAAGAAUAUGCAAAAGCCGCCUCCGCGAUUCUAACAGCCUGGGGCAACACCCUGACUACAUUCUCAGGUGGGGAUGACCGUUACCUCUCCGCGGGCCUGCAGGGGUACGAGCUCGCGAAUGCAGCUGAGCUGCUACGCGAUUACGCGCCCUUUGUGCAGAAUGGCUGGGAUGCCUUUGUUGAUAUGGCCGUUAACGUCAUCCUUCCGUUGAAUUUCCGGUUCCUCAACCAUGAAGAGGGGUCUGAGCAUAACGUGCGUCAUUUCUUUGCCAACUGGGAACUCGCGCAGGUCGCGUCCGUCCAGGCGAUUAGUGUCAUGACGGAGAACCAGACCGCCUGGGACUUUGCGAUUGAUUAUUUCAAGAAUGGGGAUGGGAAUGGUGCUAUCGGCAAUGCCAUUAGCAAUCUUGUUGAUGAACCAGGGACUGGAACGCUGCUGGGCCAGGGUCAGGAAUCAGGUCGCGAUCAGGGACACUCUGCGCUGGAUCAGCAGCUUCUCGCGGCCAUUGGACAGCAGGCGUGGAAUCAGGGGGAAGAUCUUUUCGCUCUUAAUGAUAGUUUGAUACUUCGCGGCGCGGAGUACUUUGCUCGAUACAACCUUGGACACGACGUCCCUUUCGAACCCUACACCAACGGCAUAGUGAGCUAUACCGAUAUCAGCUCUGCCAGCCGCGGUGCAACCCGCCCGACCUGGGAACUUAUGUACGCGCACUACGUACAGAUUAAGGAGCUCGAAGCUCCGUGGACUAAGGCAUACCUCAACAACACCCUGGAGUAUUUCGGCGGUUAUGAGAAGGGCAUAGGGUAUGGUGAAGGCUCGGGUCAUUAUGACGGUGUCGGUUGGGGAACGCUGCUCUACCGCUUGGAGGAGUCGGACCUUGAGGUCUUGAAGCAGGGCAUGACAGCAACGUCUCAGGUGCUCGCAUCCAGUAGCCCCGUGUCUUCAACUUCGGCCGUUAUACCAUCGCCCUCUGUUACCGCUAUUUCGAGAACAACACCGUCAACUUCUCCCACUGUGAACAGCUCCACGGAUUCCAUCGUUUCUACGACUACCGGCACCAUCGCGGAGGCGAAGACCACCAAAUCACCCCUAGAACAUAGCCAUGGCCACGGUCCUCACACUAUGCACUCUGGUGGUCAUUGCAAAGCCUAG